GUUGUGCGAAAUUGUGUGGCUGGAAUUGAUUAAACCAAUAUCGAAAUAUUUUAAUUUUAAUACGUAACAAUUGCAAUGGGACUUCUAUGCAUCCAUGAUUUGGAGAGUAGAGGAUGUUAAAAAUAACAAAAGGUUUAAAGAAGAAAAAGAAAGGCAAAAAGAAAUCUAAAGACGCAGAUUUAUUCACUGAAGAAGAAUUAGAACAAUAUCGAAGAGAACAUUCAGAGGCUGGUGAAUCAUCUACAGCACCAAAAACUGACAACGAUGAGUGGUCGAAAUUCAACGCACUUACAGCGGGCGUUGAUUCCAUUUUGAAAAAGACUCAAGGAGAUUUAGAGGCUAUUAAAGAAACUUCAUUUUUUCAAAGAGUUACUCCAGCUGCUAGAAGAGAACAAGAGAAAGAACAAAAGGAACAAGAUAAACCGCCAGAAGUCGUUGUAACAGAAGUACCCCAAACCGACCAAGUAGAAGUUCUUGACGGUGUUGUUAAUUUAGAAGAAUUAGAAUCGGAAAGUGAAUAUGAGGAAGAAAGUGACGACAUUUUUGACACAUCUUUUGUGGAUGUUGUAGAAAGUGGCGAAAUACAAUUGGCAUAUAUUCCAGAUUCUCCGACUGAAGAAGAACUAGGGCCGGAUCCGUUUGAUACAUCGUACGCCGACAGAGUUAUUAAAGGCCCUGAGGUUUCUAAGAGAGGUAAAAAACUUGUUAGUAUUGGAUCUGCAGUUGAAGUUUUAACUGGUAGGGCAGAAAUACCGACAUCUUGUGUGAAAAGACCAAAACGUCGUGGGCCACAGGAUCUUUUGCUUGAAGAAACUGACGAGGUACCAGUUGCAGAUGUUACAGAAGCUGCAAAAUCUAUAAACGUACCAAAAAGUCUUCUUGAUGAUGAAGUGGAGAUUCCAGAUGUACCUAUUGACUUAAGUGUUUCACUUCAUCCACCUACACCCGUUGCACCUGUUGCACCCGUGAAUGCAGAACUAGAAAGUUUUGAACCAAAAAUCAAUGUUGCAGAGUUUGAAACAGAUGAUGUCGAUGAUGAAUUUGCGCAAUUAGCUGCCGAAUCGAUAUCAAAACCUAAAGAAGAAGUAUUAGAUUUUACAGCAAUAAGUAAAGAAGUACUCAAGACAGUAGAAACUGACGGUUGGGCCGCUUUUCAAGAUUCAAAUUGUAACUCUAGUGACAUUGAAGUACCAGCUGUCAUUAAGAAACAGCCACCAGCUAGACCGACUCAAGGUCCAAGUGUAGUGAAAUUUGAAGAAAUCAAAGAUAUUGAUGAUUUAGAAUUAACUGAUGUAGACCCAUUCGAUACAGCGUUUGCAGAAAAUAUUUUGCCAGGAAAAGUUGAAUUAAAACUUAUAGAAAAAGAAAUACUAGAUGAUUUUGAUUUUGAUCCAAGAGCAGAAGAAAAAAAUCCUUCAAAAUUUAACAAUCGAAUUUUAUCAGGUGUCCACAUUCAUGUAACUGACCCAGCUGGAGAACGAGAAUCAAUUUCAGGCUUGUCAGAUGAACGUGUCUCAGAAAAUGAUUUAUCUGCACUGAAAGUAGGCCACAGAGACUUGUUGGGUGGAAGCACAACUGAUUUAUCACAACUUGCUGAUGCUCCCAUAAGUCCUAAAGAAGUUUUGUCAGAUGAUUAUUUAGAAUAUUGCGAUCCAUUCGAUACGUCUAUUGUAGAUCAAGCUGUAAUACCGGGUCGAACUGAAUUGAAGUUUUUAGAAAAAGAAUUACUUGGCGAAGAAGGUGGUUUAAAACAUUCUUUAAGCGAUCCAGACUUCGAUCCUCGCGCAGAGGAAAAGGAACCUGUACCGCAACCUGCUUUAAGAAAAUCAUCCAGACCUGAUAUUUUACCGGUCAACAGCAAACAAGUUGUAUUUGCCGUUCCUGGCUUAAAUACCGAUGAAAGUGAACUAUUAGGUUGUUCACAAAAGCCUGGAAAACCUGUAACACCUUAUUACCCUAAAGUUACAUUGUAUUCACAAGUGGGCGAACAAGAAGGUCAAGAGCAAGUAACAGAAUCAGCAUUGACACAUAGUUUAUCAGACCAAGACUUUAAUCCAAGAGAGGACAUUGAAAUAUCAAAACCUACACGCCGCCAUUCUGAUUUUACUUCGCAUUCGCUAAAUUUAGAUUCAACAUUUAAACCAGAUCUAUUGUCUGUUGACGAGGAAUUAUCGGAUAAAGUCCUUACACCAGCUGGCCCGCAAGAAGUCGAAGAAGAGUUUACGUAUGCAGAUCCUUUUGAUACAUCUAUUGCAUGUGAUUUAAAACCAGGCAAAGCCGAACUAAAGCUUUUAGAAAACGAACUAGCUAUAGAUCAAAAUACAACGACAAAAGUUACAACCUCUUUCGAUUUACCAAAGACAAUUUCUCAGCCCCAAGAUUUAUUAAGUCAUCCGGCAAGUUUGGUGGAAGCGAAACCUUUAUCUCCACAACCAAUCUCGGAGACGACUGAAAAGUUUAUUGCUGAAUUUAGUUUGGACGACGAUAUAGAUCCGUUUGACACGUCUAUUGCAAAUAACAUAGGACCUGGCAAAACUGAAAUAAAAUUGCUUGAAUCUGAGUUUAUUGACAAAAAUGUUAAGCCAUCAAAUCCAUUUUUGAUGGAUGAAGAUUAUGAAACUGAAGGUAAUGCUCCUGAUAAUCCAUUUGUAGGCCAAGAUACCAAUCCAUUUGCUUGCGGGUUUGAGGAAGUCGAUUCAUCGACUGUAGCGUCUAAUUUUUUCACUACUAUGGAUACAAUGCCUACAACAAUGGCUGACAUCAUUUAUGCGCAAGCUGGUCAAGCGAUUGAUACUGUCACCACAGACAUACUACUUUUUGAUGAUGGUGGUAUGGAUUUACAAAAUAGCGAGACAUAUCAGCCGCAGAAGCCAAUGGAUUUGAAUCUAAAGGAUAAAAAUCGAAUAGCUAAUGAAGAUGAAGCAUUAAAUGCAUAUAGUAGCGAAGAAGAAUUGAACAGAGCUUUAAAAAAGAUUCCACCCGCCCGACCGACUCCACCAUCAAAAGAAACACAAGAUCUAAUAUUAUCUGUAACCGGACAUAUGGAACAGACUAGUUCUCAUUUAUUAGAUCGCCUUCCUGUUACCAGAACACCAAGUCCAGUAUCUAUGCGCGAUUUACAUUCUCCUAGUCCAACACCAGAAAAUACAUUUGGAGAAUUUUUAAAUAUAGAACCCAAACCAAUCGUGCCACAACCAGAGCAACCGGUGGAAAUGAACUUCUUUGAUUUGGAUGAUGAUAAUGAUAAAUCAGUAGCUUCUCAACCUAUUUCUUUAAAAAGUGAUAAUCCUUUUGCUGCUGAUGUAAUGGAAUCAGGGUCUAUUGCUCAAGAGUUCAUUGACCAUGGAUCUAAUAUAUUCAUGCAAGAAAUAUCUCAAUCAACGGUGCCACCAAAACCCUCGAUACCACCACAACCAGUAGUACCACCACAGCCAGUAGUACCACCACAACCAAUAUUACCACCACAACCCGUAGUACAACAAUCCAUGCAAAAUGUACCUCCUUCAAGACCUGCACCUCCAGUACGUCCUGCUCCCCCUCGACCACAACCCCCAGCAAGACCCAUCUCUCCAAGUGUUCAAAAUAUACCCCAAAGACCGCCACCGCCUGCAAGGCCGAUAACACCUGCGGAAACUCCACCGCAAAUAACAGAAGUCGCACCACUGUCUACAGCUCCAUUAUCUGCACCAAUUGUUUCGGUCGCGCCAACUGUACCUGCUCGAAGAAGUAAUGAACCGUCACCCGCGAUCACACCUACUACAAAUCCGUUUGAAGUUAUGCCCGAUGAAUCGGUUAUUAAUGAAUCGCUUCACCGCCUAAGUCGACUUUGCCGACUGACGACGCAUUUGAUGCAUUUGCGGCCAAGUUUGAUCUUCAGUGAAGAUCGUAGUUCAUCUGGAGCGGAUCCUUUUGGGGGAGCAGGAGGUGCUAGUGCAUGGGGAGGAAUGGAUGUCGACUCAUCGGGUGCAGCAUCUGGUUUUGAUGCAGAUGACGGUGGGUUUGAUGCUUUUUUGACUAUGAGUGAACCACCUCCAGUGCCGCAAGGUACGCCUGCAAGGCCUUAUGGUAGCAAAGCCGAAUCCUUGGAUUCAGAAGAAGGAAAAGACUUCUCAAUCUUUAUAAAGCCUAAAAAUGGCGAUGCUUUAUCUUCGGAAAGUGUCACUCCAGCAUUAGCACCUCCACCUACGCCAUUAACAGCUGCUUUAACAGAUACAAGCCCAUGGAUCAUCGAUGCAAAAGAACUGAUUCACAGGAAACCCCGCCCCACACCACUUUUUGAUGAAGAUGUUUCCCAACCAUUGGAAGAUUUUCCAAGAGUUAAAUACACUGGUGAAGGCUGGGAUAUGCAGUUACGUCAACCGAAUAAAAAGAAAAUUACUGGCCAAAGAUUCUGGAAGAAAGUAUUUAUCAAAUUGGUGUAUCAAGGCGACAGUCCUGUUUUAUUAUACAAUAGUUCAGAGAUAAGAGCUUUUCAAGAACUUCUGCAAGCAUGUUAUUCCGUAUCUGAGAUAGGCGCGCAACAACACUACGACAUUGGAAAAAUAUUUACAGUAAAACUUCAGUAUGUUUUCUAUAAAGAAAGACCUGGUGUACGCUGGCAAGUCACAAAAGCAGAAAGGAUAACGAAUAAAUUAAGCCAAUUUGCUGCUUAUGCAAUUCAAGGAGAUUAUGCAGGUGUAAAGAAUUUGAGUGAUCUUAAGAAGUUAGGUUUGCCU